ACGAGCUGACGGGGGUAAAUGAUUGCAAUGAAAUCAAAGUGUUUGCCUCUCAUUUUAGGGCUACCAUUCUCACAUAUGGUAGCCUUCAAGAGUUCAUGCUCACUGAGAAGGCGAGUGAGUGAGGGGGCAGAUUCACGCCGUAGAUUCCAGCGAUCAUGGUGCAGUCGCAUUUCACAUGGCGCUCCCCUAGCGCUCUUGAAGAAGGAAAUAAGCAGUGACUGGUUCAAGAUGUCUAAUGCAAAGUGAAGUGAUUGAAAUCUGCAGUCUUUCUUAUGUAGACAUUGUGAG